CAAAACUCAUAAAAUCUAUACUUCAUGUAAAUUUCCAUUCAUCUGUUGGAGAUGUUAACCUCAUGUGGAAAUGCGAGUAUGUUCCAGGGUACUCAAGUACCAUAAACCUUCCAACCAAUUACAUAAGUUUCUGUCCAGCAGAAAUGUAGACUUGCUGGUGCGAUUUCAAAGUCUAGCAAAACGACUUAGACUUAGAUCUAAGCUGUUUAACAAGCAGAGGCAAGAAGAAGGUAACAGACAAGAUAUUGCUUCAACAAAGAUAAAGGAAGAUGAUCUUCAAUAUGAUUUAGUAGCUAGAGGAUUACUCAAGGAACUUAUAACCAAGAGAACUUUCCUGUCUAAUAAGGAAUGCCUCCUAAUAUUGGAUCUAUUGGCAAGAAUCAAGAAGCCAUUACACAGGUUCGUGAGGGACAGGGAUAAUGUGGUCCCUAUCUCAAUAUCACGUUUAUGCGAAAUAGAUGAGCAAAAAUACCAUUUGCAUAUCGGUAAAGACACUAUCCCAGAUCAACACGAUGACAGCAUCGCAUUAUAUAACAAAAGCGUCCAAAAUGGGCAUUUAGUGGCCAAUCCAUUGCAAAAACCCACUGAUGAGCAUCCAAAGUCGAUAGAAAAAUUUAAAAUAAACCCAAAUUCUGAUAUCGCAAAGGGUGCAACCAAUCACACAACACUACCUACACUACAUGAGGCCUACACUAAUGAUUCCCUUAUAAGGUUAAUAGUAAGAGCGCAACGCAUGCUCAUCGAACAACUACUGCAGUCUUACGACCAAAGAACGCUAACCAAAGCGCAACGAUAUUAUUUAUUCACUAUACUCUCCAGGGAGUGUUCCCUAGCAAGUGUUGAGCGAUGGAGUGGUCUGUUAAGCGGGAUGUUGAAGGACACGUCGUCCACUGACGGAUAUCUUCCUUUUGAAUAUGCAAACAUGUUGUUGAUAUAUGACCAAAUAUGCCGGUGGAUAUCAAAAAGGUGCAAAAAAAAUCUACAUCAUUCGAUGUCCCAUGAGGUAGAGAUGAUUGGUCAAACGAUGCUAGAAUUUAAGCAUAGUUCUUGCCAGCCAUUAGAUGAAUUCAAUAAAAACACCCAUAAUGAUGAACAGGCGUUGACUUUAGCAUCAACAGAAUCAACGUCCAGCAGCCAUAAAUUUAGCCCUAUAUUCCUCCAAAAUAUUCUAUCUAAACUUACUUCCUUGUUGCAACAGUUAACAACUGAAAAGAUAGCAAAGCUCAUGUAUCUACAAGUAAGUAGAGACGUCUACAUCAUUGAAUACUUUGAGGAAGCUGUGGAAGAAAUUGUUAGAAGAGUGGACUCUAACCCUAAGGAGUAUAAGCUCUGUAUGACCGCUACUAUAGUAUGCCAUAAAGCCGUGAUCAGCAAUUUAAGGAAGGAGUUCCAAUGUUUGCUAACAUUGUAUGGGACGGGGCAAAUAAGUCCAUUCCACGAUAAGUGGUUUACUGGAUGCACGAAUGAGAGGAAUCCCCACCCAGACGAUAUUAAUAUUUUACAAUUAAGGUCAAUUCGCGAUCUCGUAGAGAGAAUAGAAGCAUGUCUAUUAAAGGCGCUGUUGAAGUAUAUCAAUACUGUUGUCAUUAUAUACGGUGUGGUGCCAUCUACUUACGGCGUUCUGGAUCCAGGUAGAUACGGAAUAGUAACAAAUGAGUGUGAGUCGAACAGUAGAGAACAUUGUAUAUCUGAAGCACCAAUUAACAGGAGCUGGACAGUUGAUUUGGAUCGACCACCGGAGAAAAUUCUUACCAAAUUAUUAGCAACCAUAGUCGACCAUAUUGAUUUGCACCACGCAUUUUGCGUCCACUCGCCUCAGCAUCCAGACUGCGAUUAUAUACUUCCACGCUCUAUUAGCAUUAUAGAGGGUUUACUUGUAAUUGCUAAACAGGUGGUAGACACCUUUUCUCUUGCUUCUAAAAGUGCUAAUCCUGACGAACUGGAACAUACCAACCAUGUGGUUAGUAUGUUUCAUGAGAAAUUGUCUCUAUUGGAUCACUUAUCAGGCAUUGAUACUAACCUAUUACAUACCCUUAGAUUUGAUUUAGAGCGGAGUAAUCCCAUACAAUGUUAAUAAGAAAUUUUCACAUCGUAGGGAGAACCCG